AUGGAUCCCACUCUAAGCUCAUUGUCUCACAUCCCCCUCGAGGACAUCUAUACCCUCCUUCGGCCUAUCACCGUCACGCCGUCUUCGUCCGAAGCAGUCUUCCAAAACUGGGGUCGAACCUUUCGAUGCACACCACUUGCUGUAUUCGAACCGGAGACUGAGUAUCAAUGCGAGCUCAUACUCGAGCUAGCACGCAGGGAAGGUCAGACAGUGCGAGCGGUGGGUGUUGGACACUCGCCAAGCGAUCUCGCAUGCACGAGUGGUUACAUGGUACGGAUGGGCAAGCUGAAUAACAUCAUCGAGGUCAAUGCCGAGAAGCGUUCUGUUCGCGCCCAGGGUGGAAUCACUCUCCAACGCCUCCACGCGGGGCUCGAAGCCCAUGGGCUCGCCAUGAUCAAUCUCGGCUCCAUCUCUGAGCAAACUCUUGCCGGAAUGGUCACCACGGCCACCCACGGCACGGGCAUUACCCACCAAAUACUUUCAACCCAUGUACAACAACUGACCCUUCUGCUCGCUAACGGUUCCAGAGUGCGAUGCUCCCGUUCCGACCGGCCGGAUCUUUUUCUUGCUUCCCUAUGCGGUCUUGGAAGCACGGGCCUCAUCCUCGAUGUACAACUUCUAGUAACUCCAGCAUUUCGUUUGCGCGAGGUUCAGGAAACUUUCAAAUUCGACUCGAUCGUGGACAACCUUGACGAGAUGGUUAAUAGUGCUGAAUACGUUCGCCUCUGGUGGUGGCCACAGGCUGGAGAUGUGCGAUUGAGCACCAUGGACAAAACGCUCGAACCAAAACGGCCUGUGGGAAGCUGGCUUUGGCAUUCAUUGAUUGGCUACCAUGUCGUUCAAUUCCUUCUUCUCCUCGGUCGCUUCAUUCCUCCUCUCAAUAUCUGGAUCGGGAGAUUCACUUCCUGGCUUGUCAACAACCGCACCGUCUCCGUCGACAAUAGUCUCAACAUAUUUAAUCUAGACUGCAAGUAUCGACAGCAUACGACAGAGUGGGCGUUCCCUUACGAAAAUACGCAGGCCUGUUUGCGCGAACUGCGCGGCUGGUUUGAGGACGAGUUUGCAGACCCCAAUGGUUUGCGUCCACAUUGCCCCUUGGAAGUGCGCUUCUCAGAAGCAGAUGAUGUUUGGUUGAGCCCAAGCUACGGUCAGCGCAUGUGCUGGAUUGGGAUCAUACAAUAUAAGCCUUACGGGUUCAACGUUCCUUACCGUCAACUAUUCCGCCGAUUUGAGGCGAUCGUGAUACGGCAUGGUGGGCGACCUCACUGGGCCAAGGCUCACCAUUUGCGGCCCGACAGGCUACGCGCACUUUAUCCACGCUUUGACGACUUCCGUCAUCUACUUGAGGAUGUGGACCCAGAGGGCCUAUUCCGGAACGAGUACGUUUCACGCCACAUAUUCGGGCAAAAGGGCGCAGGAUUCGACGAGCGUGUCUUCAAAGAACGCCCUUGAAACCACCUCUAUCUUCAAACGCGGCAUCCACUGUUGCCUAAGUACGAUAUGAGAUGAAAGACAUGGGGCCGCCUCGAGGAUGUGUAGGUGGUUGGGCAGUUUAAUUUAUUUAAUCACUUCCCAGGAGCAUACACUUGAGAUUGGUUAGUGUUUUGUAUAGCUGUGUUCUUCUAAUGACGCUCCAUACCUAAUUUGGGAUAAUGAACGAUUGAUUAGCCAGUAAUGAGAAUCUCUUCAGGAUGGCUAUACC